AUGCGCAUCCUGCUUCGCUCUCUCGAACCGCGGUGCACCCUACUACGUCGUCCAUCUCCUCCUUCACCUGUCCACAUCCUCCCAAGACACGUCUCUUCGACCCUCCGCCUCGCCUCUACACCUGAACCAGACCACACCCAGCACCGCGCACGAUGGAGUAGUGUCAAGCACCUCGAGUUCUCCGUCAAGAGACUGCUGGCUCUCGGCAAGCCCGACGACGCCCUUCGCUAUUUCCACCUAAAGCUCAGCAGCAUGGACGACGACCGAGGAUCACGCGUCACCGCUUACGAAGACGCCAUCUCCCUCUUUCUGCACUACUCUCGCUUCGACUUUGCGUCCGACCUGUACAAACAGAUGUCCGAGGACCCCGUUCCACGGCUCCGUCCGUCUCCUCUGGUCGAAGCCAAGAUGAAGGCCGUCUCCCAUCUUCUAGAGAGCACGCCCCCGACCCUGCCUGAUGCGCUGGCGCCUGUCCUCGCGCGCAGAUCCUGUACCGAACGCGACCUGCGCGGCCUGAUCGACUUUCUCGCGGGCACGCUCAACCUCGACCUGGCCACCAUCACCAGCGUCGUCGAGCGAUACGCCGACGCUCGCGGCGCCGACUACGAGCUCCACACGCCCACCGUCGACAAGCUCAUGAGCCUCUCUCUCCGCGCCGGGAACAACGACGCCGCCGAAGCGUGGUUCGAGUCCCGCGCGGACAAGCCCUCUCCCCAGGAGCCCGCGUCCCCCGCGAUGCUCUACACCACGCUCGCCAGUGAGCUCGCCGACAGCACCAUCCAGAACUCCGCGCAGAUCGACGCCGUCCUCGCCCGCAUGACGAAAGCAGGCGUGGCGCCCGACCUCGCACUCUUCAACGCGCUCAUCCGCGGCUCCGUCCGCCACCUCGACCUCCACAAGGCCUUCGCGCUCUACGACGCCCUCCGCGCCCAGCGCUCACUCGCCAUGAUGCCCGACGCGUUCACCUUCGGCAGCCUCUUCAAGGCCCUCCAGGCGCUGCACCACCGCCGCACCGCGCGCUACCGCCGCCUCAAGGCGCCCCCCAACACGCGCACCCCGCGCGCUCUCUUCCGCGAGAUGCUCGAGUGCCACCUCGUGCGCGCCCUCGCCGCGCCCACGCAGGCACGCGCGGGCGGCGCGCGCGCGCUCACCACGUCCACGCUCGACGUCGCGCUGCGCGUGUUCAUGCUCACGGCGGACUACCCCGCCGCGAGCGUCGCGCUGCGCGCGUUCGGCGAGUACGGGCUCGCGCCGGACGCGAAGACGUUCCACGUCGUCGUCGUCACGCUCAUGGCGCACAUGCGCGUCGACCUCGUGCGCGAGCACCCGCCGGGCGCCGUGCGCUGGAUCGACCGCUUCCUCGGCGCAGACGCGGCCGCAGGCCUCCGCCUGGACGACAUCUCGGACGAGCUCAUCGACGACCUGCUCGCCUUCCGCCCGUGGCGGCCGCACCUGCAGGAGAAAGACGCAGACGCGCACACGCACGCGCACGCGCAGGCGGUGGAGCGCGCGCCCAAGGCCAAGUUCCCCGAGACGUUCCGCGUGCCGUCGCGCUUCGAGGUGCUCGGCGUGACCGCGGCGCCUGCGAACCCGCGGUGGGACAUCCACCCGCUCACGCGGCUCCUGCGGCGCGCGAUCCACGCGCGGCUGGGCGAGACGGGCCUGCGCCCCGUGGACGCGCUCGCGCUCGUGCUGGAGGACGCGGCGCAGGAGAUGGCGCCCGCGCUGUCGCGCAGCCUGCAGAGGAAGCUGACGCGCGUCGAGCGGAAGCACGCGGAGCGCGUGCGGCGGCUGCGCGAGAGCGAGAGCGGGCGGAGGGCGGGGCCGACGGAGGGCGACGGGGGUGAGUGCGUGUCACGGUGCCGAGCUGUGGGUUGCUGA